CCGGCUGCGUGGGCGCGGAAGCCGCGCGGCCGGAGCGUCCGCCGUGCGGGGUGUUGGUGCGCGUGAUCGCGGGUGCGUGUCCGCGCCCGCCCGGGGCAGCAUGUCGGUGGCCGGGCUGAAGAAGCAGUUCUACAAGGCGAGCCAGCUGGUCAGCGAGAAGGUUGGAGGAGCUGAAGGGACCAAGCUUGACGAUGACUUCAAAGAAAUGGAAAAGAAAGUGGACCUCACCAGCAAGGCGGUCACAGAAGUGCUGGCCAGAACUAUCGAAUACCUGCAGCCCAACCCAGCUUCCAGAGCCAAGCUCACGAUGCUCAACACCAUGUCGAAGAUCCGUGGGCAGGUGAAGAACCCCGGUUACCCGCAGUCAGAGGGGCUUCUGGGGGAGUGCAUGAUCCGAUAUGGCAAAGAGCUGGGCGACGACUCCAACUUUGGUGAUGCACUUCUUGAUGCUGGUGAAUCUAUGAAGCGGUUGGCUGAGGUGAAGGACUCGCUGGAUAUUGAAGUCAAACAAAACUUUGUCGACCCCCUUCAGAACCUGUGUGACAAAGACCUCAAAGAGAUCCAGCACCAUCUGAAGAAGCUGGAGGGCAGGCGUCUGGACUUUGACUAUAAGAAAAAACGUCAGGGAAAGAUCCCGGAUGAGGAACUGCGACAGGCCAUGGAGAAAUUUGAGGAGUCAAAGGAAGUAGCCGAGACAAGUAUGCACAACCUCCUAGAGACUGACAUUGAGCAAGUGAGCCAGCUCUCAGCCCUGGUGGAAGCCCAGCUGGACUACCACAGGCAGGCAGUGCAGAUCCUGGACGAGCUCACGGACAAGCUUAAGCGCAGAAUGAGAGAGGCCUCAUCACGCCCCAAGCGGGAGUAUAAACCUAAGCCCAGAGAGACGUAUGACUUUGGAGAGACCGACCAGUCCAACGGGGGCUUCGCUUGCAAUCCUGCCCCCAAAGUUUCAGCAGCUUCCUCCUCUUUCCGAUCCGACAAGCCAUCCCGGACCCCAAGCAGGAAUAUUUCUCACCUGGACCAGCCCUGCUGCAAGGCGCUCUAUGACUUUGAACCCGAAAACGACGGCGAGCUAGGCUUCAAGGAGGGCGACAUCAUCACGCUGACCAACCAGAUCGAUGAAAACUGGUACGAGGGCAUGAUCAACGGGCAGUCCGGGUUCUUCCCGCUCAACUACGUGGAAGUGCUGGUUCCGCUACCUCAGUGAAACUGCCUCCCCCAUUCCCUCCCGCCCCCCCCAUGUCAUGCACCGCCAGGGAGAGAGGGGCACUGGGCUCCUGCGCUCCAUCCUCAUCUCGACACUAGUCCUCUUCCAGGGGCGGGGGGCAUGAGAGCAUGGUAGAGCCAACUCGGUGUCAGGUGAUGAGCAGGGAACAAGCCACGAGGGCUGGGCGGCCCCCUCUGAACUGCUCUUCUGGUGCUUCAGCUCAGUACUUUAAGCCCUGCCAGGUUUGUCCUUGUCACUUCUGUCUGCAGGGGAGAGAGGGGCCUGCACUCUGCCCACAGAUGAACAUGGGAGGGUGCAGACUGUGUUGGCGCAGGGUGGGGGACCAGCAGGGUGUUGGCACCUCCGGUCUGCCAUGGGAGAGGGUUUGGCCACCAGCCCCGCACUGUGAAGGAGGCUGGCAAAGU